AUUUUGACGUGAUUUUAUGCUUCAGUCUUCCGACUAAUUCGUAGAUAAAUGAACUAAGCAUGGUGAUGGAUAUUAUACUAUCGAAGAAUUCCAGUCAUGGUGACAGAACUUCUCAUCUGUCUGACGUUUCCGCGACGCUUUAUGGUGUUCGUGGUGCUGUUAAGCGAUUUACUGCAAAGAAGUCAACUCCUGAGGUUUCUCGUGCUUAUCUUAAACGAAGUUUUCGAUGGAGGAUGCUAUCUCGAGUGAUAGUGAGCUUUGUACGUUGGGAGAAACUGAAAUCGUCCGGAAAGGAUAGGGGUUUUGUGAUGCGUAGAAUUGUCGCAGGAAGGGUCCAAGAGAGAGUUUUCAAUGUUGCGCAGUUUUCAAAGCAUGUCCAGCAACACCAGGUUUUAAACAUUCAUGCUAAGCUUCUUAUGUUUAAAGAACCUCACUAUCGAUGUAAAAAUGAUUUAGUAGUCAUAUUAGGUUACAUGAACAGAAUGCAAUGCUUUAAUAAAUACUCUGUAUUUACCAAGCGACAACUUGCUACGAAGAUUCGGUAUAACUGCUACUCCGAAAAUACGGUGAUUUUCCGAGAGGGAGCAUCUCCAAAAUAUUUUUAUUUGUUGCUAUCUGGUUCGGUACAGCUUUUUAAAACGGUCAACAUGCCACUUUCGGAAGGAUCUGAAGACGGUAUUACAGAAGAAGAGUCAAGAAGUAGAGAAGUGCUCGCGCCUCAAGGAAAACCUAUUACUGAAGGAGCUAGCUUUGGGGAUCACAGUAUCGCCUAUUCCAGUGUGCGAACUUUCACCAUUAAAACUCGUGAACCUUGUGAAUGUUUUACGCUUGAGGGCAAAGAUUUUAUAGAGCUGCUUGGAGUUUAUCAUGACGAAGAACGAAUGAUGAAAUCCAAUGUUAUAAGAAAGAUACCUCAAGUUGAAAAUGUGCCAGAGGCUGAUAUAAAAAGGGCAAUCGAUACUUCUUACAUAAAAACUUUCGCUAAAGGCGAUCUUAUAAUCAAAGGAGAGGACUUUUGUUUAGAUAACCAAAACUCCUCUGAUCCUCCUUCAGCUCAUUUAGACACGUAUGCUUGUGUUGUCGUUUCUGGAUCAGCAGUUUUAGAAAAGCAAAUUAGUGUCAGUCAAGAGCCACUUCCUGGCGGGACAACGAUUGUCAAGCUUCCCGACGAUUCGAUUGAGAACAAAACACUAGAAACAGUUACCCAGAAAGUUCGGGCGCGAACCACCAUGGAACAGCCCUUCGAUUUUGAAGGACUAUUGACUCUGCCCCCACCUCCUCCUGAGUUUCCGACUCUCAAAUUCCUCUCUGUUCAGACGUACGUGGCUGGGGACCUUUUCCUUCCAUUCGUUCGUGAAAAAGACUAUGUUGUAGGAGCUAAAGAAGCUACCACAAUCCUUUACGUCCCAAAAACCCCUUUUAUGCUGCACAAAUCUGGGGAAAUUAUGGCCAAACUUUUCGAUGAGCUCCUUAAUGCAAAAAUAUCUGUCGAUGAGCAGCUGAAAGAAUAUAAUUCACGACGGAUAUGGAAGGAUUACAGAAAGCAGCUGGUUAGACAGGUUCUAGUGGACAAACUGCUGAGGAAGUCUCGCUGUUGAUUCAGAUGUCAAGGGACGCCUUUACAAUUUAAUUUUAUUCUAUACAGUGUUGAUUUCAUUUUAUUGAAUUUAA